GCAGGGCUGCACCAGACCCACCUGGUCACACCAUAAAGUUCACAGCUGCUUGGACACCCGUAUCUCUGUUUUUCUCAUUGGCACAGCCACCCUGGUGAUUCUCAUCAUUUUCAGUUAAUACUGUUUAUUAAAAACAGCAACUACCACAUCUAACUUCCUAGAAAUUGAAUUUGCACACACAGGUAAUUUUUUCUUCAGAGAUGAAAGCAAAACUGAUUAUUUUCAACAUCGGAAUCAAUUGCCCCUGAGGGACAAUUCUUGCUGAGUGAAAGGUGGGAGAGAAAUUCAUGGUUUGCCAAAUAGUAAGUUUUAUUUGCUCAGAUUCUGUAUAAUCUUGUACAAACAGGCUCUAUGUGCAAAGGCAAAGUUAAGCUCCAAGGGAUCGUUCAAAACAAGACCCAGCUGAUGGCAAACUACAUCUAGCUGUGCUUGUAAACAGAUGAAGCUGUCGGGAGAUCUGAAUUCCCUUUUAUAUUUAGCUGACCAACUACGAUUUUUGAACACAAACUAAGUGCCAGGUACUACAUCUCUUUGUAGGACAUGAUUAUGUACAAAGUAAAAUGUUAUUAAUUUCAAAUCCAAAUAUACUGAAUAUUGUGAUAAUUCAGGCGGAUGCUAACCUGUAUUUGACUAUUUCACUAACCAUGCAAAAAAGACUUACCAUGCCAAUCAAUAGAUCAACAAAUUGCAAAAAACUGCUUAAGAGAAUAAAUGAUUUUCAGGACCUCUCAAGUGGUCUUGAAAGGUACAUUUAGGGUUUUUUGUUUUUUUGUUUUUUAAUCCCAGCCCUUUGGGAGGCUGAGGCAGGAGGUUUCCUUGAGGCUAGGAGUUCAAGACCAACCUGGGCAACAACGCAAGAACUCAUGCUGGGAUUAUAGGAAUGAGCCACCGUAUUUGGCCCCACAUUUAGGUUUUGAGAACAGAGACACUAGUUGAUUGAUUAAUAAUGUUGAUUGUUGUGCUAAUUAAAAAACGUUCUUCUAAAUGUAAUGUGAUAUUCCAGAUUGCAUCCUGGAACAGGAAACUGAAAUAUGGAUAAAAAUAAAAUGUCGAGUUUAGUCAGUAGUAAUGUACCAAAGUUGUCUUCUGAGUUUUGGCAAAUGUACCAUGGUAAUAUUAAGAUGCUAACAUUAAAAAAAAAAAUCUGGGUGAAAGGUGUAUGCUAACUCUCUGGGCUAGCUAUGCAAAUUUUCUGUAGCUGUAAAAUUAUUCCAAAAUUUAAAAGUUUAUUAAAAGUUCUUACACAUUCAUAAAGUGUGAUUCUCCAAGAACCCCUACCAACAACAACAGAAACUAUUUAGUGAAAGAUACCCUACUUGGCACAAUGCCAAGUGCCUUAUACAUUUGUUCACAACAACGUUAUGAAGUAGGUAUGUAUGGUUUUCUUUUUGAGAUGGUGUCUCACUCUUUGCCCAGGCUGGAGUGCAACCUCCGCCUUCCAGGUUCAAGCGAUUCUCCUGCCUCAGCCUCCUGAGUAGCUGGGAUUACAGGCAUGCGCCACCACGCCCGGCUAAUUUUUGUAUUUUUAGUAGAGAUGGGGUUUCACCAUGUUGGCCAGGCUGGUCUCAAACUCCUGACCUCAAGUGACUCGCCCGCCUCAGCCUCCCAAAGUGCUGAGAUUACAGACGUGAGCCACUGCGCCCGGCCGGUAUGGUUAUUAUCUUCAAUUUGCAGAUAAGGAAGCUAUAGCUCACAGUGAUAAAGUGCCCAAAGACACACAGAUACUAAUUCAUCAAUGGAGUUAGGAUGUGACAAGGUCUGUCUAACCCCAAAGCCUGGGCUCUCAGCAGCUCCACAGCUACACUGUCUUGCCUCUCCUAGCUUGAGUUUCGCUGUGAGAAAGAGUCAUCACUUAUGCAGAUUGGCCCUCAUCUUUUAUCUGAAUUGGUGAAACACGUGAACCCAAUUAUUUGCACUGUACCUUUAAGUAAACCGGAGCAUUAUUUUGAAAUAACAAAGUUUAGGGAGGGAAAGCAAGCCUGGCAGAGGCACCCAUUCCAUUCCCAGCUUGCUCCGUAGCUGGCGAUUGGAAGACACUCUGCGACAGUGUUCAGUCCCUGGGCAGGAAAGCCUCCUUCCAGGAUUCUUCCUCACCUGGGGCUGCUUCUUCCCCAAAAGGCAUCAUGGCCGCCCUCAGACCCCUUGUGAAGCCCAAGAUCGUCAAAAAGAGAACCAAGAAGUUCAUCCGGCACCAGUCAGACCGAUAUGUCAAAAUUAAGCGUAACUGGCGGAAACCCAGAGGCAUUGACAACAGGGUUCGUAGAAGAUUCAAGGGCCAGAUCUUGAUGCCCAACAUUGGUUAUGGAAGCAACAAAAAAACAAAGCACAUGCUGCCCAGUGGCUUCCGGAAGUUCCUGGUCCACAACGUCAAGGAGCUGGAAGUGCUGCUGAUGUGCAACAAAUCUUACUGUGCCGAGAUCGCUCACAAUGUUUCCUCCAAGAACCGCAAAGCCAUCGUAGAAAGAGCUGCCCAACUGGCCAUCAGAGUCACCAACCCCAAUGCCAGGCUGCGCAGUGAAGAAAAUGAGUAGGCAGCUCAUGUGCACGUUUUCUGUUUAAAUAAAUGUAAAAACUGCCA